AUGCCAACAGUACCAAAUCUUUAUGAGCUCCUGUCGGAACUCAACGAGUCUACAGAUUAUACAACAGACACAAUAAGCAGUCGUCGAAGCAGUAGUGGGUCGACUAGUACAUGCGAUCCUUAUUCCUUACAUGAAUUCUAUAAAUAUUUGAAAAAAUGCCAUUGUGAUGAAAAUUUAGAAUUUUUCAAUAAGACACGCAGAUUUUUAGUUUCAGAAAAUACUUUGUCACGUAAUAUCUCUACGGACAACACAUAUUGGAAUGACGAAGUAUAUAAUAAAUUUAUUGUGGUGGAUUCUCCAGCACAAUGCAAUUUCCCACAAUACGUUAGAGAUAAUUUCGAUGCAUGUCAUUCAGAGGGAGUAAGACCCACUCAAGCAGAGAUAAUUAACGCCAUUGAGAUAGUGAUGGGGAUGUUAUUCGAUGCAUAUUCCCGUUAUUUGAAUCACAUACAGACCAAUGAUCAUUACAGUGUUGUAUCGGAAGAAAUUGAAGAAGAUGAAAAUGAAAGAAACCUUGUCGGGCAAGAUGAUUCUGCUACAUCUCAAGAAUAUGAGGAUAAAUCUAUAUCGAAAUAUGGUUUAGAUAUGGAAAAAUUGAAUAAAGAUAUUGCUCAUAUGACACUUACUAAUUCCAUGUCUUCAUUAACUACCACGGAAAAUAUACAUACUGUUUCAAAUGUAAAUACACAUUCAAGAAUGACUUUAAAUGUCAAAUUACCAACACCAGAAGAAUCCAGGCAGCAACAACAAGUGAGAACAAAUAAAAAUAAUAAUGAUGGAAGAGCAAGCCUGAUUACGAAAGGCAAACUAUUUUUCCAUAGAUUACAAAAGAGACAUCCAUAUACUACUAAUAGUAGUGAUGGUAGCAAUAAGAAAACUACUGUUACCACUACUAGUACCAGUACUACUAGUAAUAAGAUGAAGAAGAAUGGUAGUAGUACAUCUCCAAAAAGUCUAAAGAAGACAAGAAGUAACAAUACCCACAGUCAUAAGCAUACACAUAGCAACAAUGUUCAUUCUAGAAGUGCAGCAGCAUCGUUAACCUUUGAUAGACCAACUAUCCCCGCCAGCACUUCUUAA